AUGACUAGGAUCAGAAUCUCCGGCUGGGUCCGGACACCUCUGGAGGUGCAUGGUUCUCUGGCUGGGUCCAAAGGGGGUGUUUUGAACCGUGCAGCUCUGGAGGUGCAUGUCUCCGGCAGUGUCCCUAACAGAAAUAUGACCACCAUUCCACCCCCUGUCCAAACGUCCGGGACUACAGAAGGUUCCAUAAUUGACACAAUGGUCAGGUCUGUUCGGUCAUUCAUUGAAAACAUCAGUGGAGUGCCAAAGCCCUCAGCGCCAAAAUGGAAAAACCAUGAGGUCAAAACAUGGUUCAAAGAUGGAACUUUGUAUGUGGCACUUAAAGCUGACCGUAAAGUGUUAGGAAGGGCUCAACGGCUGGGAAGCAUCUACAAUUCCGCAUACGACGAUUUCACUUCGAGAAUCACAGCUUUGUUCGAACUUAGUAAUGAAAGCCUUGAUGACAGAGAGAUUGGGAGAUUAUGGUAUGAAUCAGUGUGUUGGGCCACAGAACGUGAUAAUGAUGGAAGAAGGAAACAAGGUGAAGCAGCUGGUGUGAGUAAUUCCUUCAGACCAUAUGUGGUGCACAGGCUACCAGCUGCACCAAGUGAAUCUGGUUGUGUAGAGCAUACACUUUACCGUACAAUACCUCCAGGACACUUCUGCCUACCAGCAUCCAAUCCAAGGUCUCUAGUUACUGGAGAACAAGUACCGAAUGGUUCUGAGAGUAUUGGCAAACAAGAAGACGUUUGCAGCAGCUCGAACAACUCGGACAACUCGAAGAGCUCGAAGAGCUCGAACGAUGAGUUAUUGGAGGCACUCAUCAUCACGACAAAAGCAGGAUUACGUCAACUUAUAGCCAAGGAAGAAAAUAACGUUCGAGAGACACCUCUCCGAACCCGCAAGGUAGAAUUCGGAGGAGUCAAAGAAUGGCGAUAUGAUUCACGUCUAAAUACCAAAGGUCGCCGUAAUUCUGGAGAAGAAAAUCAGAGUGUGAGGAGAUGGGUUCCUCAACCAGUGGGUGAAGCUUUGCGUUAUGGUGAGGUACCAACUACAGUCAUCAUAAAGGACUAUCGAUGCUGGGUUAUAGAUCCAUCCACUGGUCUUCGGUAUGCUGUCUUGACCAAUUACGAUGGGCCAAUACGCUCUGUUCAUAACAAUGUACAUGGCGAAAAUCAGGAGGAACUUGGGACCAACGACUCCGGCUCAACGGAAAGCUCAGGAAGUGAAGAUGGGGACGAUGAUAGUACUCUGGUCGAGAGUACCACGUCCUGUUACUGA